AAAAUUUAUUCACUUCACUAUCUUAAGAUUACAUUAAGGUUUGGUUAAUACAACGUUGCCAACUUCCAACUCCAGAACGGGUUGUGUCAAGCAAUAUAAAACGGUCUCUUAGAGAAAAGUAGUUUUGGGUAUUACACCGCACGUCCCUUUUUCUUGAUGUGCUGUACCUUAACUUGGUCAAAGUUCCACUUCUUUCCCUAAAAUGAUGAGAUCUGAAGUUUGGAUGGCGGUGACAAUAUUGGUGGUGGCAUGGAACUUCAAUGGGGCAUUUGGGAUUAGAUUCGUAAUUGAGAAAGAAGAAUGCUUUUCACAUAAGGUUGAAAUGGGGGAAACAGUUCAUUAUUCGUUUGUUGUCAUUAAGUCCGAUGGCUCUUGGCAUUACAGUGAAGAAGAGGGUGUUGAUCUUGUGGUGAAAGGGCCUUCUGGAGAACAGAUUCAUGAUCUUCGUGACAAAAUAAGCGAGAAGUCCGAGUUUGUAGCUCAUCAUGAAGGAAUUUACCGUUUCUGUUUCACUAACAAGUCGCCCUAUCAUGAAACCGUUGACUUUGAUCUACAUGCUGCUCACUUUGUAUACCAUGAUGAGCAUGCAAAAGAUGAGCAUUUCAAGCCUUUGUUUGAGCACAUCGGAAAGCUAGAAGAAGCUUUAUACAACAUUCAGUUUGAGCAGCACUGGCUAGAGGCCCAGACAGACCGUCAGGCAAUAGGGAUCCCUAGAAAUCGUAUCUCCUUCGAGACAACUGCCUUCCAUACAAUUUUAGAUCUACCUCAUCCUCUUUGAAUACCUUCACUAACCAUGGUGACACACCUACAAACGGGUGCAUCUGAAGGUCGACUCAGGACAUGAUCAAACCAUCUCAAACAACGUUCCCUCACUUUAUCCUCGUGUGCUACUUUAACUUUCUUCCAAAUGUAAAUCAUUUCUAAUUAUCUAAUCUUGUAUGACCAGACAUCUAUCUUAGAGUCCGCCAGUAUACUACGUAUGUUUUUACUUUUUGCAUCUCAAACUUAGACUUCAUCAUAUGAAGUUGUCUCCCCAGAUUAGCUGCAGUCAUGAAAGUGUGCAUGGUCUCACAGAUGUAAUUCCUACUA